AUGGAAGAAUCUUCAAAGGGUCUUCUCACCCAAGUUACUCAAUUCUGGAACCUCCUGGAUGAUCUGGCUGAAAGUGACCCUGAGCGCUAUGAGAAUUUCAUUCAACAGCAGCUGAAAGAGGGGAAACAGCUCUUUGCCACCCCAGAACCACAGUUCUGUCUACAGACUAGGAUCCUGAAACCAAGAGAAAAAACACUUUUCAUUAACGUAUGUCAGUGGAAAAGGAUCCCAGCUCCCCAGUCAGCGACUCACCCUGUACCCAUACGUGUUGGCAGGCCAGAAGAUAUUUCUGAGACAUCAGGUGUUUACACAGUCAUUGAUGUUGCCUACCAUUCUGACGUUCUCCAGGCAGCAGAAAAGGACCAAGUGAAAAAAGAUCAGUUGAUACGGAUGACUAUGACAUGUAUUGAGGAGCGACUCCAAUUCACUCUCUCACACUCCUACCAUAUUGCAAAACUUAAAAUAAAAGGAAGCAUUCAAAAGAUGAAACAGAAUCUCAUGGGAAUCCAGAAUGACUUCACAGAUUUAAAAGAGAAAGUGAAGAAGGAACUAACCCUUGAACAGAUAAGAAACAGUACUGUAAGCAGUCCAGAUCACUUUCCUCUGCUUACACUGCCAAACGGCCAAAGUUCAGACAAAGCAGGGUGUCUGAUUGAGGAAAUUUGCAGUACUGAGACCCAGGUGGAGAUGAAGACCCCAACCUAUGAAUUAAAAACUGUGAAGGAUCAGAAUGAGAAACCUCUGAUAAUUGAACUGACAGUGGAGUUACCUGGUAUUCAUUCAGUCUCUCUCUGUGACCUUAGUGUGUCUGAGGUAAGUUGA